UGAGCAGUAAGUUCGCCUAUAUUGGCAGUUGCAUGCUUAGAAACUUUGUACUGACAGGCAUGUACAGUGAAAAACAUUUGGAGACCGCUGUCCUAGACAACCAUGGAUGGCAUUGCAAUAUGUGUAAAUCUAACUAGACAAAGAAACACUCUUCAAAAAAAUACUUCAAAACAUCUGCUUUGAAAUCUGCCCGCAUACUCUACUGCACUGCUUCCAGAAAUCUCUGUGAAUUCAUUUCUAAAACUCCUUUGUACUCAUUCCUUAAUGUCCUAUCCUACUUGCAAGAGAUCCUUCUCAAGCUUUAUCACUGCACCAAAUCUGUUCAAUCUAAAGAACACUUAAAAUUUUCCUUCUUAUAUCUGGAAAGUGUUUGAAUUCCCUACUUUGAGCAAGUUAGCAGCAUUUUUAAAAUAUGUACAUUACAUCCUGGGGCAAGACACAGACUCUAUGAACACUUGUGCCAUUUCUCCCACACAGCAUUGGCUGUGCUUGUCUGGAUUUCAAAUUGCUUAGGAGAAUCUGGUAUUUUUUUCCUUUGCAGGAGAGCAGAGCAAUCCUGACAUGAAAAAGUGUGCAAGCUUUUGGUAAUUUCUCUGUCUUUACAGAUGAGAUCCCUCUAUCUUCUUCCUCUACUAGAUGGCAGUUAGAAUCUCUAACAGACAGUUGGAAGAUCUAGUCUUAUUUUCUUCCAGCCAGGAUAAAUAAUCUAUUGACUGUUAUGCUCCAGCAUAGUGAGUAUAUAAAAAAUGGGAUCUAGACAUGGAAAUCUGUGCUUCUCCAUCAAUUAUCUGGCAGAAAUGAGAUGUAAUCACUGUAAUCUAUACCUGUUGCAUCAUUUGGCUUUCGUUUGGCUGGUCCUUACAGGUAUGGUUGAGAGGUAAGGUUGAACCUACAUCCUUUGUUUUGUUAGGAAAAGUCAAGCAGAAGCCAAGGUCAGAAUGUCCUUCCUGCAAGCCUAUGGCCCACCAUGACAAUUCUUACUCAACAGUUGCACAUGUGAAGAAAGUAGAAUACUGUUAACUUCAUGAUACUGGGCAAGAGCAAUUAGAUUAGUCUCCUCAAGCAGUUUCUAGAGACUUCAGGGGCUUGUAUACAAAAUUUAAUUCACUCUAUACUUUAUGAAAAUGUCUUCCAUUUCUUGCAUUUUCUGAGACAGAAAUGUGUUUUUUUUUCUCCUACCCUUGCAUAUACGUAUGGGGUGCAAUCCUGACAUGAAAAAGUCUGCAAGCUUUUGGAAACUUCUCUGUCUUUGCAUACAUAAAUUCCGAGGGCUCUGUGAAAACUGACCGUGGAUUAAAACUUAAAAACUUAAAAAUGCAUCGAGCCCUUUAAAUUCAAAUUCUUUCUCUAAUAUGAAACGACAGUAAGAGAAUCCUUAUCAUAUUUGCAUACUUUGAGAUAGCAGCUGACUAUUAAUCAUCAAAAAUGUAGAAUAAAGUAAAUAUUUAAGGGCUUAAUAUGAGAGUUCCUCCUCUGAGAUAAGUAUGUGACCAUGUGAUGAGAACAUCUAGCUGAGUUUAAUAUUCCUUAGCAUAGCUAGAGCUUUUAGGAGCCUAUGAAAAGCUGAGUGAAACUUGUGAGUUCUUAAGAACUGCAAUGUCCAGUUUAUUUUCUUCUUUUUGUCUAAUAAUUGCUAUAACUGUAAUGAUGGGACUUCUAGGAAAUGGGACUAUCUUGGCUGUCAGUUCAACUAGUUGCAUCAGGAGCAAAAUAUUGUCCUCCUAUGAGGUGACUGUGAUCUUUCUGGGUUUAUCCAGGUUCUUUUCUCAGUUCUGGAUGAUGCUGGAUUUCUUCCUAAGUCUUUUUUGUCAACCUUCCUCUCAUAAAGGAAAUUUAUUUGUAACCUUUACAGUUACAGUUUUUAUAUUCCUGAACUCUUCUAGUUUUUGCUUUGCUGCCUGGCUUAGUGUCUUCUGUUGUAUCAAGGUUGCCAGUUUUACUCAGUCAUUCUCAUGUCUGAAGCCAAGGAUGCUGACAGCAUCAUCUCUAUUUUCCUUUGCAACCUCUCUUCCGUUCUCCUGGGAUAACUGCAACACACAUGGCAACUUCACCACUCCUUUUACCAUGACAAACUCUUCAGAAAGGAGAGCCACAAGGAAAGCUAAGAUUUUGGUUUUGAUCCUUUUCUGUAAUGUUGGUAUAGCUUUGCCUUCAAUAAUGUUUGUUUUUUCAAGUGUCCUGCUGAUUGGAUCUCUGUGGAGGCACACCAGCAUGCAAAAUAAUGCAACUGGCUUCAGGGAUCCCUGCUUAGGAGCUCUUAUUGGUUCCAUCAAGACAGUCUUCUCCUUCCUCCUCCUGUAUAUUACAAGUGUGAUUGCUUUGAUUCUCAUUUUAUCUGACACUUUCGUGUCUUUGAGCACUGAGGAAGCUGUAUGUGUUGUUGUAGUGGCUGCCUGUCCUGCAGGACAAUCUAUGGUCUUAAUCUGGAGCAACCCCAAAUUUCGAGAGUUGCUCACCAGCGCUUUGUACCACAUGAGCUGUUGUGUCAGAGCUAGAUGCAGUUGAAAGAACAGGGCUAGUCUGCUCUUUCCAAUUCAGAUCCAAAUCAAUGAGAUCAA